CAAUCCUGGUAAACACAUUACAAUCAAUUGUAACGUAAAAAAAAACCAACCAACAGUAUUUCAACUACAACAUUUCAAAGUAAACAACAGCGAAAACGGAAGUUGGCAGUUAAAGCUCCAAAAACAUUUUAAAAACUCUAGCUGAACCUAACAACCUAACUCAGUUCAUUAACUACCACAUUCUCCCAGAAGAAAUACCUUGAUUACCUUUGCUUAACCAUGUUUUUCCAUUUGAGAAAUGUUUUCUACAUGUCGGCUGCCAUCAUUGUAUUGAUUCAGUUAUUCAGUUCAUUUGGAAUAACAAAUGGCAUCGAACUACCUUUGGAGCUGUUGCAUGAGGGUGUUAAUGGUGCUGCCAAAUCCCGAGAUUAUACACGACGCAUGACAUUUCCUUUGGUCUCAACUGAUAAUGGUGUUGAAUUGCCACCCAAUGUUGAGGACAGCAAUAUGGAUUUAAAUGGACCCAAUGGCUUUAGCAGCAGCAGUGCACUAGAGGAUAAUGAUGAUUUGGCUGAUGAUUUACCCAUGAAAAGUGGAAUGCCUCAGUGGUUGCAAAUGCAACUACAGGAAACAGAAGUACAGCCACAUAACAACUACCAUAACCAACUUCUCUCCUCCUCUUCCUCGCAGCUGCCUAAACACAAACAACAAUCCUCCAGCCAACAUCAACAUCAUCAUGAAAGUCAUCAGUUACACUCCUCCACCACCGCUAACUCUUCUCCUCUACGACGCUGCUCCAUUGACAUUUCCAGCAAAAUUCCUGGCAUUUGUCAAACCAUGGGAUCUAUUGGCAGUGCCUGUGUAUCUGGUGACUAUAUUGAUGUCUUCAAUGCCGCCUGUUUGUAAAUUAUUCGCCGCUCAUUUUACUCAUUCUCUCCAUACUCCAUAACUUUUGAAAUUGUAAAUUUAACCAGCCAUUACACUCUGUGAUUGUUUUGAA